GAAGAGGCCUGAUCUACUGAAAUUGCAUUUAUUCUUUACCAAACAUAAUGUCUGGCCGCGGGAAGGGGGGUAAAGUCAAGGGUAAAGCCAAGUCACGGUCAAGCCGAGCAGGACUUCAGUUCCCUGUUGGUCGGAUUCACCGACUUUUGCGUAAGGGCAAUUACGCUGAACGAGUUGGAGCUGGGGCUCCAGUCUAUCUAGCUGCUGUCAUGGAAUAUUUGGCUGCUGAAGUAUUGGAACUGGCAGGGAAUGCGGCACGUGAUAACAAAAAAACCAGAAUCAUUCCACGACACUUGCAACUGGCUAUCCGCAAUGACGAAGAAUUGAACAAACUGCUCUCUGGAGUCACGAUUGCCCAAGGUGGUGUUCUCCCAAACAUUCAGGCUGUACUCUUACCCAAGAAGACCGAGAAGAAAGCUUAAAUCUUCAACGCGUCCUAAAUUUACAUAAUCGGCCCUUUUCAGGGCCACCAA